CAUUCUUCCAAAGCAACACACAAAACGCUGGAGGAACUCGGCAGGUCAACCAGUAUCUAUGGAAAUUAAUAGAUAGUUGAUGUUUUGGGCCGAAACUCAUCAUCACUGCCUGAGCUACCGAGUUCCCCCAGCAUUUAGUGUGUGGUGCUUUGGAUUUCCAGCAUCUGCAGACUUUCUCUUUACCUCAUUCUCCCUUUUCCUCUGCACUAUUUAUUUAUUUUGUAGUUUAUAACAAUAUUUCCUGUCUGCUGCUGUUGCAAAACAACAACUCUCACGCCACACGCCAGUAAUGACAAACCUGCAUCACCAGCUCCUGCUGCGACCUGUCCGCAUGCCCAGCGCCGCCGACCAAUGGCGAAACGCCGUGUUGGCUCGAGCGGCUUUCCCGGCGGGCUCCGGGCCGCGGCGCGUCAGCGGCGGUGAAGAUGGCGGCGCUGGUGAGCCGGCUGGUGUGGUUGCAGCUUCAACUCUUGGUUGCCUGCUGGGCGUCUGCCGAUUUGCCGAGCCGCCGCUUCGAGUACAAGUACAGCUUCAAGGGACCCCACCUGGUACACAGCGAUGGUACCAUCCCCUUCUGGACGCACGCUGGCAAUGCAAUACCUAGUGCAGACCAAGUCAGGAUAACACCAUCACUAAAAAGUCAAAAGGGAUCUGUUUGGACAAGAAGCAAACUUAGCUUUGAAAAUUGGGAAAUUGAAGUUACUUUUCGCGUGACAGGAAGAGGAAGGGUUGGAGCUGAUGGACUGGCAAUCUGGUACACGGCAGGUCAAGGCUUAGAUGGUCCAGUUUUUGGAGCAGCUGACUCAUGGAAUGGUCUUGGCAUUUUUUUCGACUCCUUUGAUAAUGAUGGAAAGAAAAAUAACCCAGUAAUACUUGUCGUUGGAAAUAAUGGGAAUCAACUUUAUGAUCAUCAGAAUGAUGGUGCAACACAAGCAUUGGGUUCUUGUUUAAGAGAUUUUAGAAACAAGCCUUACCCUGUAAGAGCCAGAAUUAUCUACUACAGAAAAAUACUGACCGUAAUGAUACAUAACGGCUUUACUCCAAAUAAUGAUGAUUAUGAACUUUGUGCAAGAAUAGAAAAUUUGUCUCUUCCAUCUGAAGGUUAUUUUGGAAUUUCUGCAGCAACUGGGGCCCUUGCAGACGACCAUGAUGUCUUGUCUUUUCUGACAUUCAGACUUUUUGAGCCUGGAAAGCCAAUGGAGCCUGCUGAUUCAACAAUUCCCCAAGAAGAAAAGGAGAAGUAUAGAGAGGAGUAUGAAAAUUUCCAACAAGCACUUGAUAAGAAGAAAGAGGAGUUCCAGAAAGAACAUCCUGAUGUGCAAGGAGAACAAGAUGACAUGUUUGAAAGUGUGAACGAGAGAGAGUUACGACAGAUCUUCGAAGGCCAGAACCGAAUCCACCUUGAAAUCAAGCAGUUGAACAGGCAACUUGACAUGAUUCUGGAUGAGCAGAGAAAAUAUAUGAAUCUCGUAAGCGAGGAGAUAUCAAAGAAGGGAUCGAAUGUUGUACCACAGAUGGGACAGCUACCUCAAGCAGAAUUGGACAAUGUUAUGAAAUACCAGCAGGAGGUGCUGAGGCAUGUUGGUGAACUGAAGAAUUCAGUAACUAAUGCCCUGAGUCAGGCAGCUCAGCUUCCAGGUGGUGCAACUGGAGGGUAUGAAAUGACUCAACAUUUCCACGAUAUCAAAGAACACCUCCAUGUUGUGAAAAGAGACCUUGGUGCAUUGGUACAAAGAAAUGUAAAUAUUGAGAAGCCUAAAUGCCCAGAAUUACCCCCAUUCCCAUCAUGUUUAUCUACAACUCAUUUCUUCAUGUUUGUGGCCUUUCAAACGGUAUUGUUCAUUGGUUAUAUAAUGUAUAGGAGCCAGCAAGAAGCAGCUGCGAAGAAGUUCUUUUGAUGUUACUGUUCUUAGUUUUUACUUUGAUAGUGCCCUGUGACGAAACAAAGGAAAACUAAAUGAAUUUUUUAAAAAAAUAUUUUUCAACAAACUAAGUUAUUGUGGGAUGCUAUUUCCUUAAUUCCAAAAUUAUUUUGUGCAUACAAAUUAUUUUUCUACAGCUAAAGAUGAAGCUGUGGGCAGUUAAUUUUUUUUUGAAUUCUGCAUUAUGGAGUUACAAUGUUACAGAAGAAUGAAAUAGAUGUUUACAUGAUAAGUAAAGCAAUAACUGAGAAUGCUGAUUCUGUUCUUUGGAGAUGUCUGGAAAUGAGUUAUUAAGAACUAGACGAAAGUUCUUGGGUGCUCAUAACUAUUGUUUGAUUUUGCAACCAUAUAUUGCUUUGUCUGUGCCUUUUUUUUUAAAAAAAGGGUUUUGUAAUUACACCCUCCUCUAAACUUGUUCAUCUUGGCUUUAUUUCAUGUAAUUUUUCAUGAAUCUUUUCUUGCCUUUUUCAAUUGCAAACUAAAAUUUAAUUGACUUCAAUCUUGCAUUUCUUACUUUAGUCCCAAAUGACCAUUUGUCAAAUCUAACUUUCACCUUAAAGAGUAACCCUGUAUCUUUGACAUUAGUAUCCCUCUCUAAGAAAGUUGGUUUUCUUUUUUUUUGUCAAAUGUUCAGUUCUUUGUAAAACCCAAGUAUUUUGGAAUUGAGUAUCACUCUUGUACCUGGAAGGAACUUCUGGCACAUUUUCUCUCCCCUCUAAAUGGGAUGCAAAGAAAAACUGCCCAAAAGACAUGUUAGAAUUUUAUAUAAAUUAAAAAGCAAAAUUGUCUUUUUCUGUGGUCUCCUUCAUGUCUGAACUUUGGCCUUUUUUUAAUUGAUGUGCUUAAUCUUUUGAAUGUGUAUUUCCUUUCAAAUUCAUACUCUCUGCUCUAUAUCCUCAAUUUUUUGAACUCCAGAUUAAUGUUUUUAAUUAUUUCUAUAUGUUCCUUUGUCUGUUGACCUGUAAUUUGCUUAUAAAAUUCAGCCUCCUGAACAGCCAGUGCUUUGUGCUGCCUACCAUUGUGAAAGAAAGUCAUCUGAAGCUUAAGAAGAUAGCUUCCAUGUAUAUCAAAUAUAAAACAACUGAUUAAGUUCUUUCCUAAGGGCACUUGGAUGCCCAACAUUUUAAAAUCUUUGACAUGUAGCCAAUUACUUCAAAACAUCAAUCCAAAAAAAAUCCACAAUUUUGUUCAAAUUUUAUUCUUGUCUAACUUCCUUAGAGACUCAUUCUGGUAGCAUAUUGUAUAGUGUAAGGCCUAAAGUGUGUGUGUUUUAAUUAAGUGUAUGAAAAAUACAUGCUCUGAUAAUUAAACAGGUAUUUGAAUAUCCAGAUCAUUCUUGCGGUCAGUCAAGGUGAAGAAAUCCUUGAGAAUGCACAGACUUGCUCUGAAGAAUAGGUCUUUCAGACCUAGUUUGUAAAUGUAGAUAAUUCUUGAGAUUUGAUUCUUUCCCAACCAUGCCAGUUGCAUGCACUCCCAGUUAUUCCUUUUUCCCCAAGUCUUGACCAACUGCAUUAGAAGCAUUAUGGGCCAUCCGUGCACCGGUGGGUAGUGUGGAUUGCUGGCUGUUUAUAAUUUAAAAUAGAAAAGGGAAUUGUAUACAGUAAUGGACAUUUGAAGAUCAUCUGUGAAAUUUCCUUUUUUUUUAAAAAAAGGAAAUCAUGUUUUUUUUAAUUAAUGUCCUCUUGCAACUCAAGGAAACCAAUUUAUAUUUGGGUGUUGACAGACUUCAACCAUUCAACUAUGAAAUAUUUUAAUGAAAUAUCUUGUUAUAUUAAAAGACAAGAUGAUUGAACAUUAUUAAAACUGUUUGAAAUUAAGUUUACUGAAGGCUU